AUUAAUGGAUAAAAGGGAAAUGAGUGCUAGGAUGGAAACUAGUGAGAAUUUGUGUCAAGUUGUGGGAGGAGUCAAUGGACAUUUAAAGAACUUGGUUAAUGGGGUUGUGUCUGAGACUAUUAUUGUGCAAAGUUCUUAAGAAAAUGUAUGUGUUAGUGGAGAAAAUGCAGGUUUGAGGUUCCAAAAUAAUGGCUUUGGAUCAUGUAAGCAUCAGGAGGUUGAUUAUGGGGGAGGAAUUGCUCAGCCUAAUGGGGUUGCAUCUGAGACUGUCAUUGUGGUUGACACACCACAGAUGCAACAACUUUUUGUACAAGUGAUGGGGUAUUAGAAUCGAAAGAUAACGGAUUGGAUUCAAGUAAAGUAUUGGCAGACAUACCAAAGACAAAAGUUGCUGAAGAAGAGGACUUGAGUAUGAUUGAUAUAAAGGAAACUGGUGGUGUCAACAGUCAGUUUAAAGAGUGUUAUGAUGGGGAAAGCCUUUGUAGAAUUUGCCAUUUGAAUUCCGAACAAUCGCUUCAUAUUACAUCAACUACAGCAGUUGCCAUGGAGCUAAUUCAAAUUGGUUGUGGAUGCAAAGAUGAGCUAGGAAUUGCACAUAGUCAUUGCGCAGAGGCAUGGUUUAAGCUGAAAGGAAACAGAUUAUGCGAAAUUUGUGGUCAGACAGCUGGAAAUAUUACUGGUGUUAAAGAUAAUGGAUUUAUCGAAAAUUGGCAUCACCAAGGAUCUACCACUGUUAGUGUUAGGACAUCAGAUCAAGGUCGGGAUCAUUGGCGUGGACAACCAUACGUAACUUCCUCUUAGCAUGCCUAGUAAUAGCAUUUGUAUUGCCAUUGUUCUUUCAUGUAAAUAUGUUUUAGCCGGACACAAACAAAACAUAAAAUUCUUUUCGUUUUGAUCACUCAUUUUCACGCCAACGUUAC